ACAUAUUUUUUAAAAUCAGUCACGAGUUCGCAGUUUGUUGAAAACAUGUUAUUAAAACAUUAUUUACGAAGCAGGAAAGAGUCAAAAGUAUAACCAGAUUUAGUGAAACAACUGAUUUUCACUGAAACAACAACAGCAGACAUGGUUAUAAAUCAGUGAAUGGAAGCGCAACAGAACAUUUCGCUUGUAAUAUGUAUUUCUUAGGCUACAAUCUAUCUCUUGAGAUUUCAGUUAGUGGCUAGACUUCGAACAAUCGUCGCUCAUGUAAGUUGUUUGUCUACGGGGAAAGCAACCUAUUUUAGAGCCAAAAUGGCGAACAUGAGGUCAGAUUUUUAUUGGCCAAUCAGCACGCGCCGAACAGACGUGCCCCACGUGGGAUCCCAAGUUUGAUUGGUCGGUCGCGGUGAAGUCCUUUUCGAGAUUUGAUUGGUCGCGUUCGGUUGUUCUCGCGGUAGUUGAGUCCGCGUGUCAGUGGGCAGUCUGUGUGUGGUACUGCGAGUGUUGGAGAAACUAGUCAAAGCGAUUGCAAGCGGCUGGCUCGUACGAGGCAAACUUUUCACAACCAGACCUUUUUAAACAAACAAGCAAAUAGGGAUUGGGAGAAAUUUCCAACAUCGACAAUUCUGCGAAUUGUGUUAAAGCGAGACCCGAGUCUUGACUGAGGAAAACAUUCUCGAAGCGAUUGUAGGCGCUGCUUUUCUCGGGUUGGGAUUGAUUCCCAACCAGCGCCUAAUACUGAUCGUAUAAGGUCACGAGUGGAGGACUUCGACGUUUCCGCGGAGCGAGGAAUUAUUGCUGCAUUUACAUUCGCGGAAAAGGAUUUUAUGGAGACUAAAGCACACGCGCCGCUGAAUGCUUGACUCUUACUGGAGAUAAUGAGCCAACGCGCUGUGUUUUUGUUUUGCUCAUCGGCUCUGUGAAGGAUAAAGGGGUUAAAUCGGGGAAAAGGAGUGCAAGAAGCGCGUGGAUCGGGUGGACGAACCGGGCUUUGUGUGUCCGCGAGUGCAGGGAGGGGUGACGGACGGGCUCUCGCUCAUCUACUCGGAUUACUGAAGAACGCCACAUCCCCUGGAUCUUCACCUCAGAAAGGAUACAUUCAAGAUGUAUCCGCAGGGCCGGCAUCCGGCACCUCACCAGCCUGGUCAGCCAGGCUUCAAAUUCACUGUAGCAGAAUCUUGUGACAGGAUCAAAGAUGAAUUUCAGUUCCUUCAAGCUCAGUACCACAGUCUUAAAGUGGAGUAUGACAAACUGGCAAAUGAGAAGACAGAGAUGCAGCGACAUUAUGUCAUGUACUAUGAGAUGUCCUAUGGGCUGAACAUUGAAAUGCAUAAACAGACUGAGAUUGCCAAACGGCUAAAUGCAAUUCUUGCUCAAAUAAUGCCUUUUUUGUCACAAGAGCACCAACAGCAGGUCGCACAGGCUGUUGAACGUGCUAAGCAAGUGACAAUGACCGAGUUGAAUGCCAUCAUCGGGGUACGUGGACUUCCCAAUCUGCCUCUCACCCAGCAGCCUCAUGCUGUCUACCCUUCUCUGAUGCAGCAGCAGCUCCAGGCUCAGCACCUUUCUCAUGCUGCCCACGGACCCCCAGUCCAGCUGCCCCCUCACCCCUCGGGGCUACAGCCCCCAGGCAUCCCUCCAGUCACAGGUUCAGGAUCAGGUCUGCUGGCGCUGGGAGCUCUGGGCAGUCAGGCACACCUACCAGUCAAAGAUGAGAAGAACCACCAUGACCUGGAGCACAGAGAGCGGGAGUCUAGCACGAAUAAUUCAGUAUCACCGUCAGACAGUCUGAGAGCCAGUGAGAAACACAGAGGCUCGUCUGAAUACAGUCUGGACCCGAAAAAACGCAGAGUGGAGGAGAAGGACAACAUGAGCCGAUAUGACAGUGAUGGCGACAAAAGUGAUGAUCUAGUCGUGGAUGUGUCUAACGAGGAUCCAGCCACUCCAAGGGUCAGCCCGUCUCACUCUCCUCCUGAGAAUGGACUCGAUAAGACCAGAGCACUGAAGAAAGAUGCCCCCAACAGCCCAGCUUCUGUGGCCUCUUCUGGGAGCACCCCCUCUUCUAAAGUGAAGGACCAUCCACAUAACGACAAGUCCUCCACCCCAGGUUUAAAGUCCAACACCCCUACCCCACGCAACGACGCUCCCACCCCAGGAACCAGCAACACCCCUGGGCUCCGGCCCAUACCCGGAAAACCACCUGGCAUGGAAGCGCUGGCACCUGCCCUACGUACACCAUUGUCAAUUGCGGCGCCAUAUGGGGCUCCAUUCGCCAUGAUGGGUCACCACCCAGAGAUGAACGGCUCAUUGACCAGUCCAGGUGUUUACCCUGGUCUUCACAUCUCUCCUCAGAUGAGCGCUGCAGCCGCUGCUGCCUAUGGACGCUCACCAAUGGCGGGCUUUGAUCCUCAUCCACACAUGCGUGCUCCCGGUCUGACCUCUAUACCUGGAGGGAAACCGGCCUACUCCUUCCAUGUUAGCGCUGAUGGCCAGAUGCAGCCAGUACCUUUUCCUCCAGACGCUCUGAUUGGACCAGGCAUUCCCCGUCACGCCCGCCAGAUCAACACACUCAGCCACGGUGAGGUGGUGUGCGCCGUAACUAUCAGCAACCCCACGCGGCACGUCUACACUGGCGGCAAGGGCUGCGUGAAGAUCUGGGACAUCAGUCAGCCCGGCAGCAAGAGCCCCGUCUCGCAGCUCGACUGUCUGAACAGGGAUAACUAUAUCCGUUCCUGUAAGCUGCUUCCGGAUGGCCGUACUCUGAUUGUUGGAGGUGAAGCCAGCACUCUGACCAUAUGGGAUUUAGCCUCUCAGACUCCCCGUAUCAAAGCUGAGCUCACCUCUUCUGCCCCAGCCUGCUAUGCGCUGGCGAUUAGCCCAGACGCCAAGGUCUGCUUCUCAUGCUGCAGUGAUGGAAAUAUUGCUGUCUGGGAUCUUCAUAACCAAACCCUUGUCAGGCAGUUCCAGGGCCACACAGAUGGGGCAAGUUGUAUAGACAUUUCCCAUGAUGGCACCAAACUGUGGACAGGUGGACUGGACAACACCGUACGGUCCUGGGACCUGAGAGAGGGACGACAGCUCCAGCAGCAUGACUUCACUUCACAGAUCUUCUCUUUGGGCUACUGUCCGACGGGCGAGUGGCUGGCUGUGGGAAUGGAGAGUAGUAAUGUGGAGGUGCUUCAUCAUACCAAGCCUGACAAGUACCAGCUGCACCUGCACGAGAGCUGUGUCCUCUCCCUCAAAUUUGCCUACUGUGGUAAAUGGUUUGUGAGCACUGGGAAGGACAAUCUCUUGAAUGCCUGGAGGACUCCCUAUGGUGCCAGCAUUUUCCAGUCCAAGGAGUCUUCCUCUGUCCUGAGCUGUGACAUCUCAGCUGAUGAUAAGUACAUUGUGACGGGAUCUGGAGACAAGAAGGCCACUGUGUAUGAAGUGAUCUACUAAAUUCACUGCUUCACCAGAUGUAAAGACCUAUGGAUGGAGCUUUGGGCCUGAUUUUGAUCAGAUUCAAGGGAUCACUCCUCCACUUUUUCCUCCUUUUAUAGUAGGAACCCAGGUUAGGAUUUGGUUGGUCCACUGGGAUUGGAUUCCCAGAUGUUUUCAUUUUUAACACACCUGGAUUCUUGCAGAAGUGGAGCAGCCCUUUACAGAUCCAAGCAGAAACGUGUUAAACUGUCCAAAGGACUCCCUGACGGCACUAAUGUAGUAAAUAUUGUCUUGCCUUUGCUUUCGGUCUGCUCAUGGGAUUGUGUGUGCCUAUUCCUUCCAUAGUAUUUUUCCCCCCUCGCCUUCCUUCCUUUUGAACAAAAAGUGAACGAUCUGUGAUGUAAUAUGAAGCAGUGCUUCAAAUUUAGCCUCCUGCUCCCUGGACAAUUUGUUAAAAAGUGUAUAUAUGGAGUAAUAAAGACGUUUUAUAAGUAUAUAUAUAAAUAUAUAAUUAUAUAUAUUUCCAUGUCCUGAUAUACUUGUGAUGGGUUUCUUUGUCCUCAUGUCCUUAAUGCUUGAUGAAUGUAGAUUAGGACAUAAUUUUUAAUUUUUGAUUUUGUAAGCACACUCUCUGGGCUGGCCAUUUGCUAAAAGGCUCACAUGGAAAACCCCUUCGAGAACAAUCUUAGUAAAUAUUUUUUUUGCUUUUUGAGCCUAUGUGCUGUUCAUGGAAACGGGAUCAGACUGGAAUCCUGCGGAAGUUGGAAUCUGACACAAACAUCCCAGAGGAGAGUGAAGAGUCAUUUGUAAAUUGAAAGCGAUUUAUUAAACUUGGAGAAUGACUAACUGUACUACUUUUCUGUGCCCUUUGCAUUGUGUGGCGUCUUGUUGGAAAGAGGAAAUCAGAUAAUGAAGUGUGAUUGUAACAUGCUGACUCGGCAUGAAUCGCACACUGCGAUGAGUAACUUGCCAACUGAUCCCAUAAGCGGCCCCGCUAUAGCUCACUGUUGUUGAAACGGGAUAUGACUCACCCCAGUGAUUGACAGCUUAUUUCUGCUGUAGAGCCCCACCCCAGUGAGCCUGCAGCCCUGUUUUCACUCAGAUUGAUGUAAACCACCUUGGUGAGUGAUCAGAGUCAAUUGGGGAUUCGCUUCUGUACCAGUUGAGCCAGUUUUCUAAUGAAUCUAUUCAUUGCCUGCACUUUGGUGGAAGCUUAGUGUGAAAGUGUGUGCGCAUGAGAGAAAGAGAGAAGAGCAGCUUUUUUAAACCUUUUUGUGUAAAUGUGGACUGUUUUAACUGUGGGAACUGGAGUCCGUUUCAUGGGGCCGCAGCAGAACCUGUUGUGGUAAACUCCGUCUUUAGUACAAUACAAACCCUGACCCGCCUGCCUUUUACAACCUCUCGACUUCACACCAAAGUAUGUAGCAAACUGUGUCAGCACUGAUCAUGUACAGUUGUUAAUAAUUCAAUAAACUUUUUUUUGUAAAAUGUGU